AUGAAUCUACUCAAGAUGGGCACUUCAAGAAAUAAUGCUUCGUCUUUCUGGCUUAUGAUAUUCAGUUUUCUUUGGCUUCUUACUCAGAACUGUUGCAAAGCCAGUGCUGUUUGGACUGCUUACAUGAAUAUAUCAUUUCAUGUUGGGAAUCGCAUGUUGUCAGAAUUGGGAGAGACUGGAGUAUUUGGAAGAAGCUCCACUUUGAAGAGGGUGGCAGGAGUUUUAGUGCCACCAGAGGGAAAAACACAAAAUGCAUGUAAUCCCAGCACAAGUUUCAGCCAACUAAAGGACUCAGAGACGUGGCUUGCACUUAUUGAACGGGGAGGUUGUACCUUCACACAGAAAAUUAAGGUGGCGGCCCAGAAAGGAGCCAGUGGAGUGAUCAUCUAUAACUUUCCAGGAACUGGGAAUCAGGUUUUUCCCAUGUCUCACCAGGCAUUUGAAGACAUCGUUGUAGUGAUGAUUGGCAACCUAAAAGGCACAGAAAUCUUGCAUUUAAUUCAGAAAGGAGUUCACAUUACUGUUGUGGUUGAUGUGGGAAGAAAACGUAUCAUCUGGAUGAAUCACUAUUUUGUCUCUCUUGUUAUUGUCACCACUGUUACUUUAGCCUAUUUCAUCUUUUAUCAUAUUCGAAGACUUUGGGUAGCAAGGAUUCAGGACAGGAGAUGGCAGCAAUUAACAACAGAUCUCAAGAAAGCAUUUGGCCAGCUCCAACUUCGGGUGUUAAAAGAAGGAGAUGAGGAAAUAUCUCCAAAUGGUGAUAGCUGCGUAGUGUGUUUUGAGCCCUAUAAACCUAAUGAUACAGUUCGUGUUCUGACUUGUAAACAUUUUUUCCACAAGAACUGCAUUGACCCCUGGAUUCUAGCCCAUGGGACAUGCCCCAUGUGCAAAUGUGACAUUCUUAAAGCUUUGGGGAUUCAAGUGGAUGUUGAAAACGGAGCAGAAUCUUUGCAAGUUCUCAUGUCCAGUGAAUUGUCUGGAACCCUAUCACCUAAUGAAGAGGGGACCAAUAAUGAACUUCCUUCUGCAAGCAGGUCGGAUAAAGUGACCCUCGUAGAGGAGCACCCAUCUUCUCAGAAUGACAGCCAGCCUAAUUCAGUAGCAGAAUUUCAUCCUUCACCUUGACAGCAUGAUCUUUGAAGAAGUGGAUUAAACCUGUUUGUCAAAUCAAGCCCUAAUACUGACAAGCAGUUUGUCUGUUUGAAAUGUGUUUUUUGUGUCUGUUUU